AUUCUAAUUUUGUUCAUAUUCAAAUUCUAUAGUUUUGUUCAUAUUCAAGUUCUAUCUUUUUGCUCAUCAACUAACAAAGCGUGUCCAAGCUUUCUACAACCAGUCCUCUGGCAGAUAAGAGAAAAAGGCUUUAAGGCUUCAGAAGAGACGGUGCUUCCACAGGACAGGCAAUGGCCAUUUAUUCUUCGGUUCCCUAUUUCAUCUUUUGGUAUUUGCCUUGGAGUUGGCAGCCAAACAAUUCUAUGGAAAGCAAUUGCCACAUCUCCUUCCACUAAGUUUCUUAACAUAAGCCUCAAAAUCAACUUAAUAUUCUGGUUCAUAUCCAUUGCUCUUAUUAUCGCAGUUUUCACCACCUAUCUUCUGAAAAUCAUCCUCUACUUUGAAGCAACUCUUCGUGAGUACUACCAUCCAAUCCGUGUUAACUACUUCUUUGCACCAUGGAUAGCUCUCUUGUUCUUGGCCCAAGGGGUUCCACCAUCAGUGAUCAAAGACUUGCCCAAUGCUCUUUGGUACAUUCUAAUGACACCAAUAUUGUGUCUUGAACUUAAGAUCUAUGGACAGUGGAUGUCUGGGGGCUCAAGGAGGCUCUCAAAGGUGGCCAAUCCUACAAACUAUUUAUCAGUUGUUGGAAAUUUUGUGAGGGCAUUACUUGGGGCUUCUAUGGGCCUCAAAGAAGGGCCCAUUUUCUUCUUUGCUAUUGGGCUGGCCCACUACGUAGUCGUGUUCAUAACUCUCUACCAGAGACUUCCAACAAAUGAGACCCUCCCAAAAGACCUCCAUCCUGUGUUCUUUAUGUUUGUUGCACCACCUAUUGUUGCUUCCAUGGCAUGGGCAACCAUUCAGGGUUCUUUUGAUUAUGGGUCACGGAUUGCCUAUUUCAUUGGCCUCUUCCUUUAUUUGUCGUUGGCAGUCCGGAUCAAUUUUUUCAGAGGAUUCACUGCAGCAUCUGCAACAGUAAGAUACGCAAAUGAGGUGACAAAUACAGUUACAAAGACGCUGUGUGUUAUACUGAGUCUCGUCUCCACACUCAUAGUAGCAGUAAUGCUUGUAUCAACUAUAUUGCAUGCCUUCGUCUUCAAAGACCUCUUCCCCAAUGACCAUGCCAUUGCCAUAAGUCAUAGAAAGAGAAGGCCAGAAAAGAAGUGGCUAGGUCUUGGAAACAGAAGCCAUGACUCCGUAGAGAUUGAAAAUUACUUGAAGUUUGUGAACUCAUCGGAUAAAAUUGAUUUAGAAGCUUCUACUACCUCACUACCAAAUGGCACAGAGGAUUCACCAUAAUCUAUCAGAGGAUAAUUGUUAUAUAUUAUAGUAAUGUGUCUUUCAAAAGACAGAAGAAUGUUAUGAGUUGCUUGCCUAAUUAAUAAUCAUUCAUUAAGCAUAAACAGAAGUAGCAGUUUUUACUGUAACUCCGGUGACCAUGUAUUUGUAGAACUAGCAGGUAUCUGUACAAUUGCACGGAUCGCAUUGAUUUUCA